AUUCAUUCACUACCGCUAUUCAAGUCUUCGAAUAUUACAUUUCUCAUCAUUUGGGUAAAGGUUUCGAAUCAGUAUUCGGUGGUGUUACAUGUUUACCAGGUUGUUUCUGUAUGUAUCGAUUAAAAGCACGGAAAGGUGACGAUGACUGGGUACCAAUUAUCACUAAACCUGAAAUUGUACAAGAAUAUUCACAAAAUACCGUCGACACAUUACAUCAAAAGAAUUUGUUAUUGCUCGGUGAAGAUCGAUUCUUGACUACUCUCAUGUUACGUAACUUCCCACACCGUAAAAUGAUGUUCUGCCCACAAGCCGUCUGUAAAACAAUUGUACCUGAUGAAUUCAAGGUCUUACUUUCACAACGUCGUCGAUGGAUUAAUUCUACAAUUCACAAUUUGAUGGAACUGGUUCUUGUCCGUAAUCUCUGCGGAACAUUCUGUUUCUCUAUGCAAUUCGUUAUUUUCAUGGAGUUGAUUGGUACCGUUGUAUUGCCGGUCGCUAUCAUGUUGACCUAUUCAUUGAUUAUCAAUAUGAUAAUACAUCCACCACACAGUUUCUCUGAUGCUAUUCCAUUGCUUAUGUUGGGUAUGGUGCUCGGUCUACCCGCUAUUCUCAUUCUCAUCACCACACGCAAGAUCGUAUAUAUCGCAUGGAUGUCUAUUUACUUGUUAGCGUUGCCAAUCUGGAAUUUCGUUCUUCCCACUUAUGCUUACUGGCAUUUCGACGAUUUCUCAUGGGGUGAAACCAGAAAAGUUGAAGGUGAAGCUAAAGGUGACGAUCACGGUAAAAAAGAUGGUACUUUUGACGCAGCCGCAGUUCCAUUUAAACGCUGGGAAGACUGGGAACGUACUCGUCUUCGAAGAGCAAAACGUGACGAACGUCAACGAACAAAACAGCAAACGGGUCCAGCACACCUCACACAUGCUAAUAUUUCCGGAGAAGAUGAUGCAAAUAAAGGACUGAUCGCCGGUAAUCAAGGAUACGAUGAUAAUAAUAAUUAUUAUGCCGAAACAUCGUCAAUUAAUUCUGCUGUUUCUCAAGAUAUCGGACCACCACAACAAUACUAUGAUUACAACGCUGGUGGUACCACUCCCGGUGCGCAAAUACCAUCUGGAUACCCACCACAACACUACGACCAAUAUCAACAACGGCCACCACAAGAUCAAUAUGGUGCUCAAUACGGUGGUGGACAACAAGGCUAUUAUCAAGGAGGAAACUAUUAA